AUGGCUAUAGCUGCCGGACGUGACACCGAAGACCAGUACGAAGCACGAUAUGACGGCACCGGCAGCGGCGUACCCUCUGGCGAGUUUCGGGACGAUAGCUAUAUUGAGAAGACCGACCCCGUUCCACCUACCUCCGGAAGUAAACCCCUGCAAAGAUUAAUUCCCAUUCAAAAUCGUAUAGCAAAAUGGGUUCAAUCGAAGACCAGUCAAACCAAGCUCGCGGAUUCAAAUCGUAAGCCGUUGCAAGAGAAUGCACUGUCCUUCAAGGUCAUUGUUGAUGACUCAUGCAUGUACAGCACUUUGUCAAAUCCCAAAGUUUCAGAAGAGGCAAAGGAAAAUGCUCGUGCCCAGCUCGAUGCCAUGGAGGGUGGACCUAGCAUUCCUGACGAAACUGGAGAGACAAAAGAUAAGAAUCCAGGUAAUGUCGCUGGUGGCUUGAAAGCUGCCAUCAACAAUCCACAAGUCAGUGAGGAGGGCAAGAAGGCUGCGCAGGGAAAGCUGGACAAUAUGUAA